AUGUAUAUAUCUGUGUGUUUUUUUGUGCGAGUGAACAUUAUUAGAUCGCGACUUGUGGUUUUUGCAAUCAUGAAGCAUUUUUUAAUUAUGCUGAUGCUUGUCGUGGCGUUUACCGAUGCGGUGUGGGGUAUCGUCUCUGCCGGUGAUCGCGUUCGACAGGAAGAAGAGUGCCGUCAAAUUGGGUUCAAUAAGGCUGAAUUAAAGUGUCACUACUGUCAGCCGCUGCUUGAACACACAGGCAGUGAGGGAUUGCAUGGGGAGUGUCUCGCCUGCUGCGCCGCCGAAGAUCAGACACCGCAGCGCACCUACGCCCGUGCUCGCAUUGAGCAAAGGGGCAUUUCUUAUCUCGUCGAGGAGACACGUAGUGAACUUGGCAUGUUUUACAAGGCAUAUAAGGAUAAAUUUGGGAACCGUCUUCGGUUAGUCGAAAAGUUCUCGUUUUACGGGCCGCGUCUUGUGCUAGAGGACGGUAAUGGUGGAGAGGAUUUUGAGAUUGGCAUCACGGGUUGGACGAAGGAUACUUUGCACGACUACUUGGUGCAGGCACUGGGCAUGCAGCCAAAAAAGGAAUAA